GGCUUUGGGGCGGGGCGGGUUUAUAUUCGCCGAUGAUCAGCUGACGCUCUGCAUUGCAGACGGCGGAGUCAGGCGGCGCCAUGUAUUCCCUCUUGUUCCUGGCCAGCCUCCUGGGCGCGGCUCUCGCCAGCCCCGUCCUGGGCCUGAGAGAAUGUACCAGAGGCUCCGCCGUGUGGUGCCAGAACGUGAAGACGGCGUCCGACUGCGGGGCCGUGCAGCACUGCCUGCAGACUGUCUGGAACAAGCCGGCCGUGAAAUCCCUUCCCUGCGACAUAUGCAAAGAUGUCAUCACUGCAGCCGGUGACAUGUUGAAAGACAACGCCACUGAGCAAGAGAUCCUGGUGUACUUGGAGAGGACCUGUGACUGGCUGCCCAAGCCGAACCUGUCUGCCUCCUGCAAAGAGAUCGUCGACUCCUACCUCCCGGUCAUCCUGGACAUGAUUAAGGGACAAAUGAGUCAUCCCGGGGAGGUCUGCUCCGCUCUCAACCUCUGCGAGUCUCUUCAGAAGCACCUGGCGGAGCUGAAUCACCAGAAACAGCUCGAGUCCAAUCAGAUCCCGGAACUGGACAUGGCUGAGGUGGUGGCUCCCUUCAUGGCCAACAUCCCCCUCCUCCUCUACCCUCAGGACGGCCCCCACAGCAAGCCCCAGCCGCAGGCUAAUGGGGACGUUUGCCAGGACUGCAUUCAGAUGGUGACUGACAUCCAGAAUGCUGUGAGGACCAACUCCACCUUUGUUGAGGCUUUGGUGGACCACGCCAAGGAGGAGUGCGACCGCCUGGGGCCCGGCUUGGCCGACAUGUGCAAGAACUAUAUCAACCAGUACUCGCAGAUUGCUAUCCAAAUGGUGAUGCAUAUGCAACCCAAGGAGAUUUGUGGGCUGGUUGGGUUCUGUGACGAGGUGAAGGAGAUGCCCAUGAAGACUCUGGUGCCUGCCAAGGUGGUCUCAGAGAACGUCAUCCCUGCCCUGGAGCUGGUGGAGCCCAUUAAGAAGGACCCGGUCCCGGCGAAGGGUGAUAUUUACUGCGAGCUGUGCGAGUACGUGGUGAAGGAGGUGGUCAAGCUGAUUGACAACAACAGGACGGAGGAAGAAAUACUUCAUGCUUUGGACAAAGUGUGCUCCAAGCUGCCCACGUCCUUGUCCGAGGAGUGCCAGGAGGUGGUGGACACGUACGGCAGCUCCAUCCUGUCGAUCCUCCUGCAGGAGGCGAGCCCGGAGCUGGUGUGCAGCAUGCUCCACCUGUGCGCCGCCCAGCGGCUGCCCGCGCUGCCCGUACACGUGACGCCACGGAAGGAUGGUGGCUUCUGUGAGGUGUGCAAGAAGCUGGUGAGCUAUUUGGACCACAACCUGGAGAAAAACAGCACAAAGCAGGAGAUCCUGGCUGCCCUCGAGAAAGGCUGCAGCUUCUUGCCUGACCCGUACCAGAAGCAGUGUGAUCAGUUUGUGGCGGAGUACGAGCCUGUGCUGAUAGAAAUCCUGGUGGAGGUGAUGGACCCUUCCUUCGUGUGCCUGAAAAUUGGAGCCUGCCCCGCAGCCCACAAGCCUCUUUUGGGAACUGAGAAGUGUGUCUGGGGCCCGAGCUACUGGUGCCAGAACAUGGAGUCUGCAGCCCUGUGCAACGCUGUCGAGCAUUGCAAGCGUCACGUGUGGAACUAGAAGGCAUGUUCCAUCUUGGAGAAACUGCAGCAUCUUUUCCUGCUUGUGUGUCUGGGGGAACGAACACAGAUCUAUUGACUUUGUUAUAAAAAUAGGACCCCUUGCCCUCAGUCCCUUUCUUCUCUCCCUCAUUGUAGCACUGCUGUCAGAGUGCUGCUCACGUAGCUCUUCAGUGUCCCUUUCCUCUCUGCUAGAUGGAUGCCGACAUACCGUACACUGGAGGUCUUUUGAGUCUGUUCCUGCAUGGUGGUUACCUGGAGGAGAGGCUGUGUGCAUGAGCCAGAGCCUCUCGACAGAGGUGGUCCAUCCUCCUGGCUGAGCCUGGGGUGCUGAGCCUCCGCCUACUCUAAGGAGGGGCCUGUUGACUGCAAAACAAAGGCAGUUUUAUGUGAAAGAUGAGAGGUUCAGAAUAAUUAGGCUUUUUAACCAAUGUGGUUCUCACUGUAAUAGAUCUGUUGGAAGCAGCUGCUCAGGAGACCUGGUGGGGCCGGGCUCACUCUUCCUGGGUCAGCCUUCGAUUUGGCUUUCCUGUCUUCUCUGGUUGAUGCUUUGUUUGGAGUUCUGUGGUUUUGGGUGGGAGGGGGAAAAUCUGCCUGAAUGUAACGUGCUAGCUCUCUGCGGAGGUCCUGUGGUCCUGCUUCUGUGUGUGAGUGUGUGGACAGUGGUGGCCGCCUCAUGCCUGUUCUUGUGUCCACCCUGCUGCCGUGUGCCACCGUUGCUCUGGGCAGUACAGCCGCCUCCCCUCCAACCCCCAUCUUGUAGAUGUUCUUUUUGACCUGCAAAUUAAUGUGGAUGACAAGCUCCUAAGCCUCUGGCUUCCAGGUAGUGGGUCUGUUGGGUGUGCCGCCCUGCCUUCACUCCCGUUUGGCUGUAUCGUCUGCUCCACUUCCGGUUGCCAGGAGACAGCAAGAUGUGCAGUUGCUAUUAAGUGAACGUAAUGAUUUGUUUUGCACUAAAACGUCUGUGAUUUAACAAUAAAGUCUGUCAACCAGA